AUGUCGGUAUGUUGGGCAAUCAGACUGACAUUUGGAUUCCUCUUAAUUUUAUUUGUUUUCCCCAUUUAUGUGGUUGAAGCUUUUACAGGGUGAGAAAUUAACACUCUUCUAUAAUCCUGCGGCAAGCAAAUUAUUACCAAAUGAGGAGUAUGGAAUUGCAUUCAAUGGUAUGUGCACGAACGGAAGCUUCACGUUUAUGCUCCCUGAAUAAAUAUUCACCGUUUUACGUGAACACUUCAGGGGGUUUCAAUCAGCCCAUAAUGUGUGGGGGGGAACCAAGGGAAAUGACGAGGAAAACUCGAGGAAAAGCUGACCCGCCUAUAUACUCGAUCAAGAUAUGCGUUCCUAAGCACGGUUUGUGGCUUCUCAUAUAUUCAAUCUGUAGAUUUUCUGCCAUAAGCUUCCUUCGUAUGUAUGCUUUGUAGCUCACAGUCUGAUUAAACACUUUUGCAGCUGUGAACUUGAUAUUUUCUUUCACAAAUGGAGCAGAGUGGGAUGGGCCUUAUAAAUUGCAGUUCCGAGUCCUUAAGGGUUGGCAGAACAAACCCAUCAGCUUCUUCAAUGAAGUAUGUUUUUACUUCGAUUUUUUUUUUUCUUUUGUUUUCUUCAGUGAAAAGAGAACUUGAAACGGUGACCCAAUCAUAUGGCAAAUUUCGAAUCAUUGGACAUAACAUGAACUGGAGGCCCCUAUUUCCCUUUUUUCUCUGAGUUCAUGGGUCACUAAGUAUGAGGGUACAUAUGUGUCUCAUAGUGUUCAGGAAAUACGGCGCAUUGAACCUUUAGUUAUUGGCCGGACAUCCCCAGGCAAAUGUGUUGACCUCACUACGAGACCUAGUGAUAUGGUAAAUUUGGAAGUAUUGGGACCUAGUGAAGAUGAUUAAUUUUCCGUUUUCAAAUGUUGGUUCUGGGUGGAAAUGAGUUAAAAACUUUCGGUUACUUUUAUGGUUUGUUCCUUCUUGAGAGUGAGUUGGCAUGUGCAGUGUCUUUUGGUGACGGGUCAUUUAGAUGUUCACUUGUUUGAUAGACUGGAGACGAUGAUCUCAGACGAUUCAGAAAGGUCUGGACAUCAUAUUCCACCUAGAUCUUCUCAUUUUUCUGUCGCAGAAGGUAGAUUGGUAAAUCCAUGGUUUGGUUUCUUACUUCGCCCCAAGAAUUGAUGAAUUUUGUAACUUCCCAGUCUGCGCGUUAAUUAUAUCUUCGGUCUCAUGUCUCCUGCUUGAUGAUUUCUUCAAUGGCUAAGGUUUGGAUAUGGCCUUAACUGGCAUUUUGAGUGUGUCAGUGAAAAAUACUGGCUUACAACAGAGAAGUUAGUUGAUGUCACCCGCUGGUGCCCAGGUGAUCUGAUCGGGUGAUAACCCUCAAAUUCUUACAUAGUUGGUGCUGAACAUGAUCAAGUCACGGUCUCUGGUCAACUUGCACAGAUAUAUAAAUUUAUAUACCUGAUAAAGAGCUGCUUUUGUUUAAAACUAUCACAUUUUAAGAUUUAUAUGAGUCGUAUUUAUUGUUGCGCACAUAUCGUAUGCAGGCUCUGGCUGAAGAGUUGAGUAAGGAAGGUGCCUGUGAAAAAGCAAUUUUUCCGGAUUCGAAUGUCGUCAUUACAAGAUGUGCAAUGAUUGCCAACUUAUCAGCAGAAGGGGUGAGUAGAUGUUUCUUUUCAUCAUAUUUAAUGUGCGAGAAGAGUUCAAAAGAGGAAACAAUCACCAGCCCGACCAGUAUACUUGUUUGACUCGUUGUAUGUCGAUCAGGGGAAUCGAUGCAGCUUGGACCUUGUAGCCGGUUGUAUGGAUCCAAGUUCGCCAUUCUUUAAUCCACUCGCCAAUGUGGAUGAUGGAUCCUGUCCUCUGGACUCGGAGACCGAGGAUGAGUGA